UUCAGCAUUUAAUAACACAGAUCAAAAUCAAAAUUUCUUACUGUAUUAUUUAAUUGAGCUGAGCUAGCAUGAACAAACAGUUAUUAAUAGCAAGCAAAAUAUACCAUGAACCACAAGAAAUGACUAAACAGAGUAAGAAAAGGAAAAAAAGUUUUCAUCUGAAAUUCAUCUGAAAUCAGCAAAAUAAAAAAAUAAAAAGUCACAAUGACACUUUUUACGUCACAUGUUCUUGACUACAGUGAUGCCUUUAAAAGUAGGGCUCAAAAGCAGGAAGCAACAACUUCCAACAGACGUGCGUUCAACUCCAACAGACUGAAGAUGUCUAUGGAUAAUUAUGGCAAUAUGAAUAUGAACAAAGAAAACAAAGAGGAGAAUAUCUAUGCCAAUGAAGAACCUAAAAGUCAUGAUACCAGGACAGGAAGACAGAUCUCCACAACACACCAAACACCUGGAAGCUCAGGUGAUUCUGUGAGGAUCAGAAACUACAGAGCAGCUACAGUGUGUUCGGUGCUGCUGUGUGUUGUUCUGCUGACUGCGCUCAUAGUGCUGGGCACAAACUACACACAAGAGACACAACAGCUUCAAACCAAGAUUAUCAAUCUCACAGAAGAAAAGAGACAACAGCUUUCCAAGAUUAUCAAUCUCACAGAAGAAAAGACACAACAGCUUUUCAAGAUUAUUAAUCUCACACAAGAAAAGACACAACAGCUUUUCAAGAUUAUUAAUCUCACAGAAGAGAAACGCCAGCUACAAUCUGACUACACCAACCUCACAAAUGAGAGAGAUGCAUUACUGUCGAAGAAUAAUGUCCUGAUUAAAGAAAGAAACGCAUGCAGACAAGAUUUUUUUAGUGACAAGAUUUUAUAGUUUAGUGUAGAUGAGGAGAGCUAAUAAAUGAACUGGUUGUGUUAACAGAUGGAUGGAUUUACAAUCACUCCAGUUUUUACUACAUUUCCUCUGAGAAGAAAAGCUGGAAUGAGAGCAGGAGUUACUGUACGGAGAGAGGAGCAGAUCUGAUCAUCAUAAACA